AUGAAGAGAAAGAGGCCAAACGGGCGAGUGGCCCGGAAAAGGAGGCGAAAACGUAACUCGCAGCUGCAGUCAGUGUCUGUGUGUCACCAGGCUUCAUAUGUGCGACUCAUGAGAUUCCUCAACAGAAAAGGUUUUGCAUCAACCAUUUUGCAACCAGCACACUUUUCAGAUACAGGCAGAGGACUGAAGACUCUCAAAACAAUAAAGCCUGGACAUCUACUCAUACAUUUGCCACAAUCAUGUCUCCUAACAACUACUACUGUGCUCAACAGCUAUUUAGGGCCUUUGAUAAAGAGUUGGAGGUCCCGCCCCUCCCCACUUCUGGUUCUUUGUGUGUUCCUGGUGUUGGAGCGACACAGAUCACCUUUCUCGGAGUGGUAUCCAUACAUUGAUGUACUGCCCGCAACAUACACUUGCCCCGUCUACUUUGCUGAUGAUGUCAUAGAACUUCUGCCAAGUCUGGUUCAGAGGCAAGCCUUGGAGCAGAGAACAUUGGUGCAGGAACUACAUGCUUCAAACCAGCCCUUUUUCAAGUGGCUGCAGCCUCUUGUGGUGGAACCAGUUGAGGAGGUGUUUACAUUUGAAGCUCUGAGGUGGGCCUGGUGCACUGUCAACACUCGCUCCGUGUUCAUGCCUCAUGCCCCAUGCCAGUUCCUCUCUGGACAGGAUGUGUGUGCUUUAGCUCCCUUUCUUGAUUUACUCAACCAUCGCCCUGACGUUCAGGUUUUGGCCAAUUUUAACAGUGCCACAGGAGGUUAUGAAAUCAAAAGCAUUUCCGGCAUUGGAUGCUAUCAACAGGCCUUCAUCAACUAUGGCAGCCACGAUAACCAGCGGCUCUUGCUGGAGUAUGGUUUCAUAGCUGCAAAUAACCCUCACAGCGUUGUUUAUGUGGACACAGACCUUAUCUGUAAAGUUUUGCACAAAGACAACAGUUUGCACCAAAAGAUAAAAUUCCUAAAGCAAAAUGAAUUUCUUUGUAACCUGACUGUCUCCAGUGAGGGUCCAGGAUGGAGGCUCAUGGCUGCACUUAGAGUUCUGUCUCUACCACAAACACAGUUUGGUCUGUGGAAGGCUGUGCUGCUGGGACAGUGUCUCAGCGAGGAGCAGGAGAGGUGGUGCGUCCAAACUAUUCGAUCAUUGUGUGUCCAAAUACUGCAGGACACAGACAGAGCUCUGGAAAAGAUCUCCCAUCUGCUGCAGCUACGUGAUGAGUCUUUGAAUGAACAACUUGAUAUUGUCUUGGCUUUACGGCAAGAGGAGAAGAGCAUCUUGGGAAAAUGUCUUGAAAUAAUUAUUCUUUAA